UGCAGCGUCCGCUCGCCUGACACCUGUUGCUGGCUUAUUAUUCUCAGCGCUGGCCUAUUGAGGAUUUAACGAGCGCAGGAUUCACCUCCCGCCAGGACCAUGUCGGAGGGACAAACUGACUCCAACUCCAGCGGCUACUAUUUUGACAAUGCUUCAACUACAGUUCAGAGCAGCUUCGUGUUCUCAGGACCCAUGUUUGUCAUUUUGAUGGUGAUGAUGGUGACCUUGGUCAUUGUCAUAGUUUUGGGCAACGCACUGGUCAUUUUGGCAUUUAGAGUGGACAAGAGUUUGAGAAAACAGUGCAAUUACUACUUCUUGAAUUUGGCAAUAUCAGAUUUUCUUGUAGGUGCAUUCUGUAUCCCGGUCUACAUCCCCUAUAUCCUCACAGGCAGGUGGACGCUGGGUCGAGGACUGUGCAAGCUGUGGCUGGUCAUGGACUACCUGCUUUGUUCCGCAUCCGUCUUCAACAUCGUUCUCAUUAGCUACGACCGCUUCCUGUCAGUCACCAGAGCAGUAAGUUACCGUGCCAGGCAGAGCUUGACUCAUCAAGCCAUAAUGAAGAUGAUUGCCGUCUGGGUGCUAGCCUUCGUCCUAUAUGGCCCGGCCAUCAUAUUCUGGGAGCUGGUGGUGGGAAGAAGCCGUGUGCCCAAGGAUGAGUGCUUCGCAGAGUUCUAUUACUCUUGGUACUUCCUGCUGAGUGCUUCUAUGCUGGAGUUUUUCUCUCCUUUCAUCUCGGUGGCUUUCUUCAACCUCAGCAUUUACCUCAGUAUACGCAGGAGGAGGCGCCACAGCAGGGAGGCACAGCUCCAUCUUCAAGCGAGUGAACCAGCCUCUGCCCAGGGGGAGAGUGUCCCUCUGUCCCACAACUGGGGGCUCGGGAUAAAGCUGGCUGCAAAAGGCUCGAUCCACUCCCAGCCGUCCUCGCCUAGUUUGGGUAAGCUGGAUCCCUCGACCAGCAGGGCUGCCCAGCCCAGCCGUCUGUCCAGGGAUAAGAAAAUUGCUAAGUCUCUGGCUAUAAUAGUGUGUGUGUUUGCCAUCUGCUGGGCACCAUACACCCUACUGAUGAUCAUCCGUGCCGCCUGCAGAGGGCGGUGCAUCCAGCAUCACUGGUACGAGGUCACCUUCUGGCUCCUGUGGCUCAACUCUGCCAUUAACCCGUUCCUGUACCCGCUGUGCCACAGUAGCUUCCGCAGGGCCUUCAGCAAGAUUCUGUGCCCAAAGCAGCACACUACACCUCCAUCCUCCGUUUUACGUACUGGCCAGUGACUAGUAUAGAUUGAUCGGGAUUAACAACGUGCCAAAGCUAUGGGUGGAGGAGCUGGAACUAAUCAUAGCAUGAUUUGUCAUGUAGACCCUAAUAAACAGUUGUGUUCUUCAGUGUUUGAGUGUGUAAGGUGUGUGCAGCACGGCAUAAUGAAAUUUACCGUCUAUCAGAUUAUUGUAUCCAGGUGAAGUAUAUUUCAGCCUUUAAUCAUGAAAUGAUCAAUAACAUAACCGAGCGUACUUGAAAAACUGACCAAGUUUGGCAGUUGUGUGUCCGCUUCAGACAUCGCUGAGACAAUGCAUCAACGAUUAACAGCAUGCGUCAGGAAGAAGACAUC